CGGGGUCCUGGGCGGACCCGCGGUGGCGGGACUUUUCGGAUGUGUUUGGCUGUGGCCCGUCUGUAGCGGUUGUUCUGGGCUGGGCUGACGGCGUGGGCGGCGGAACCGGGAAGCCGGAUCUGCCUCGGUUCGCUGAGCUGCCCUCAGCGUGUCGGGAAAGAUGGAGCGGCACCGGCCGCGGCUGCACCACCCGGGGCACGCCUCUGUCGCGGGGACUCCCUACCCUUCCUCAGCCUCGCUCCGCAGCUGCCGGGAAAGCAAGAUGACGCGCAGGAAGGGACCCCAGCACCCUCCGCCGCCCGGCGGCCCGGAGGAACCUGGGGAGAAACGGCCCAAGUUUCAUUUAAAUAUUAGAACACUGACGGAUGAUAUGCUGGACAAAUUUGCCAGCAUAAGAAUUCCAGGGAGCAAGAAAGAGAGACCUCCACUUUCCAGCCUGAAGACUGCAUUUGGAAGCAGUGACUGCUCACUGGCCUCUUCAGAGAUGAUGGAAAAUGUCCCAAAGCCACUGGCACAGAAUGAAGUUCUGGAACUUUUUGAAAAGAUGAUGGAAGAUAUGAAUUUAAAUGAAGAUAAAAAGGCACCAUUGCGGGAAAAGGACUACAGUAUCAAAAAGGAAAUGGUGAUGCAGUACAUUAAUACUGCUUCCAAGACAGGAAGUCUUAAGAGCAGCCGACAGAUCUCGCCUCAGGAAUUCAUCCAUGAACUGAAAAUGGGGCCAGCGGAUGAGAGACUUGUCACAUGCCUGGAGUCCCUCCGAGUGUCUUUGACCAGUAAUCCUGUGAGUUGGGUUGAAAGCUUUGGAUGUGAUGGUCUUGGAAUAUUACUAGAUAUUUUGGAAAAACUAAUUAGAGGAAAAACGCAGGAAAAUAUUGUAAAGAAGAAUCAACACAAAGUUAUACAAUGUCUGAAAGCCUUGAUGAAUACACAGUACGGCUUAGAGAGAAUUAUGAGUGAAGAGAGGAGUCUUUCCUUACUGGCCAAGGCCAUGGAUCCCAAGCAUCCCAGCAUGAUGACAGAUGUGGUUAAACUCCUUUCUGCAGUAUGCAUUGUAGGCGAGGAAAGCAUCCUCGAGGACGUUUUAGAAGCUUUAACUUCAGCUGGAGAAGAAAGAAAAAUUGACAGAUUUUCUUCAAUUGUUGAAGGCCUUCGGCACAAUUCAGCUCAACUGCAAGUAGCUUGUAUGCAGCUCAUCAAUGCCCUUGUUACAUCUCCUGAUGAUUUGGACUUCAGGCUUCACAUCAGAAAUGAAUUUAUGCGCUGUGGAUUGAAAGAGAUAUUGCCGAAUUUAAAACGUAUUAAGAAUGAUGGCCUGGAUAUCCAACUUAAAGUCUUUGAUGAGCAUAAGGAAGAAGAUUUGAUUGAGUUCUCCCAUCGCCUCGAAGAUAUUAGAGCUGAACUUGAUGAUGCCCAUGAUGUUUACAACAUGUUGUGGAAUACUGUUAAGGAAACUGAAGCAGAGGGAUAUUUUAUAUCUAUUCUUCAGCAUCUUCUGCUGAUUCGCAAUGAUUAUUUUAUAAGGCAACAAUACUUCAGAUUAAUUGAUGAGUGUGUAUCCCAGAUUGUUUUGCAUAGAGAUGGAAUGGAUCCAGACUUCACAUAUCGAAAAAGACUAGAUUUAAAUUUAAGUCAGUUUGUAGAUGUUUGCAUAGAUCAAGCUAAACUGGAAGAAUUUGAAGAGAAAGCUUCAGAACUUACCAAAAAAUUUGAAAAAGAGUUUACAGACCACCAAGAAACUCAGGCUCAAUUGCAGAAAAAAGAGGCAAAGAUUAAUGAGCUUCAAGCAGAGUUGCAAGCUUUUAAAUCUCAGUUUGGUGCCUUGCCAGCUGAUAAGAGUAUUCCUUUGACAUCAAAAGAAGCUGGAAGUGGCCACCCAGCACCACCUCCUGCUCCUCCACUGCCCUCCUGUGGAGGAGUGCCACCUCCACCCCCUCCUCCACCCCCUCCUCCACUUCCAGGAAUGCCAAUGCCACUGGGGGGUCCUGUGCCUCCACCACCUCCCCUGGGAUUUCUUGGUCCAAAUUCUCCACCACCACCAGCACUGCCUUUUGGAUUGAAACCAAAGAAAGAAUUUAAACCUGAAAUCAACAUGAGAAGAUUAAAUUGGUUAAAGAUCAGACCGCAAGAAAUGACUGAAAACUGUUUCUGGAUAAAAGUAAAUGAAACUAAGUUUGAAAAUGCUGAUUUGCUUUGUAAACUUGAGAAUACAUUUUGUUGCCAACAAAGAGAGAAAAGAGAAGAGGAAGAUUUUGAAGAGAAGAAAGCUAUUAAGAAAAAAAUUAAAGAACUUAAAUUUCUAGAUUCUAAAAUUGCCCAGAACCUUUCAAUUUUCCUCAGUUCCUUUCGGGUGCCUUAUGAAGAAAUCAAAAUGAUGAUAUUGGAAGUGGAUGAAACACAGUUGGCAGAGUCCAUGAUUCAGAACUUAAUAAAGCAUCUUCCUGAUCAAGAGCAAUUAAAUUCAUUGUCUCAGUUCAAGAGUGACUAUAACAACUUAUGUGAACCUGAGCAGUUUGCUGUUGUGAUGAGCAAUGUGAAGAGACUACGGCCACGGCUCAGUGCUAUUCUCUUUAAGCUUCAGUUUGAAGAGCAGGUGAACAACAUCAAACCUGACAUCAUGGCUGUCAGUACUGCCUGUGAAGAGAUAAAGAAGAGCAAAAGCUUCAGCAAGUUGCUGGAACUUGUAUUGCUAAUGGGAAACUACAUGAAUGCCGGCUCCCGGAAUGCUCAAACCUUCGGAUUUAACCUUAGCUCCCUCUGUAAACUAAAGGACACCAAAUCAGCAGAUCAGAAAACAACACUACUUCAUUUCCUGGUGGAAAUAUGUGAAGAAAAGUACCCUGAUAUCCUGAAUUUUGUGGAUGACUUGGAGCAUUUAGACAAAGCCAGUAGAGUCUCUGUAGAAACGCUGGAAAAGAAUUUGAAGCAGAUGGGAAGGCAGCUUCAACAGCUUGAAAAAGAUUUGGAAACCUUUCCCCCUCCUGAGGACUUGCAUGACAAGUUUGUGACAAAGAUGUCCAGCUUUGUUACCGAUGCAAAAGAACAAUAUGGGAACCUUUCAAAGUUACAUGCAAACAUGGAAAAAUUGUACCAGAGUGUAAUGGGAUACUAUGCCAUUGAUGUGAAGAAAGUGUCCGUGGAAGACUUUUUUACUGACUUGAAUAACUUCAGAACAGCAUUCAUGCAAGCAGUAAAGGAGAACAUCAAAAAAAGAGAAGCAGAGGAAAAAGAAAAACGUGCCAGAAUAGCUAAGGAAUUAGCAGAGAAAGAAAGACUUGAACGCCAGCAAAAGAAAAAACGCUUACUGGAGAUGAAGACUGAGGGUGAUGAGACAGGAGUGAUGGAUAGUCUGCUGGAGGCCUUACAGUCGGGGGCUGCCUUCCGCGACAGAAGAAAAAGGACACCGAAGCCGAAAGAUCUCCGGCAAAGUCUCAGCCCAAUGUCUCAGAGGCCUGUUCUGAAAGUUUGUAACCAUGAAAAUCAGAAAGUGCAGUUGACAGAAGGGUCACGUACACACUACAAUAUCAAUUGCAACUCAACAAGGACUCCAGCCGCCAAGGAGCUUAAUUAUAAUCUAGACACUCAUACAUCUACAGGGAGGAUCAAGGCAGUUGAGAAGAAGGACGCCUGUAAUGUAGAAAGCAACAGAAAAAAGGAAAUGGAACUUCUUGGCUCUGUUUCUAAAAGCGAAUCAGUUCCUGAAGUUGAAGCCCUGCUGGCAAGAUUACGAGCUUUAUAAAUUAAACUGGUAAAAAAUGAUUAAGCCAAGCAUAAAGCCAUAGUCCAAGCUGUACCACUUGAAAAAAAAAUGCUUUUAUAUAAGUGGAUUUAUAUAGUUUUAAAUUAAUUAUGACAUAUGUUAGAAGAGUAAAGCUAAAUACAAGAUUGCAAUGCUUUUUAUAUAUACUUGAGGUUUUGACUCAUUCAAGAUUGUAAUGGGCUUUAAUGCUUUCUCUGUAUGUCUCUCCUGGUAUUCAUCUGUACUAAAUUUGGUAUUAAUUAUACAUAUUGCUAUAGAGAACAUGUAGGUGGCCAUGUGUUCAGGAAUGUGUCCUUAAAAACAUCUUUUUAAGUCACUGUAAGUUUUGCUUUACUAUUUCAAUAUUAAUGAAUGUCAAUUCAUCAAUCUCAGGUCUUCUACAUAUCCAUGUGUAUCCCAUGUAUAUUUUUAUCUAGGCCCAAGUUUUCCAAAAACAUAUGAAUGAAUAUAUCAGAGCUAUAAGGAAAUGACUGGUCAGCUUGUUAUCAUUGUUAAAUUCAUUUUAAUUUGACAAGGUGGGGUACUCUAAGGCGGUUAAGCACAUUUCCAAAAAUAGUGCAAUAGGAAUGAAUGCACUGUCUGCAAAAAAUGUUCACGCUUUGAAAACAGUGGUUAUAUACAAUAUUCUAGCACUGCCAAAAUGCUUGGUCUUGGUCAAGAGAACAUAUUUCUCCUGGUAAUUAUGACUCUAGAAUACAAUUGCCAUUUUGAAACUUCCUAAGUAACGAAUUUUCUGGAUUCUGUAAACAAACUUAGAGUAGUAACUUCUUUGAUCUGACAAUCAAUACCUUUAACAACAAUCUGAAUAAGUGUUUCAAGGAAAAAUUUUGUAUGUAUGCAGAUGUUGCAAUUUUACCUCAUUUCGGCAUCAUUCCUCUGUUAAUUCCUCAUAAAGAAAAUAAACUUUCUACUUGCACUAAAUGAAAAAAAAAAUGCUUUUUUUUGUUAAUAGUUCUGUGGAUAUGCUGCAGAUAGACCAACUGUAUGGCACAGUCUUAAGUACUUGCUUUAUUACAUGUAAUAACAAAAUGACUACUCUUUUACCAUCAGUUAAAAAGAAGUUAUUGGAUCAGCAUUGCAGUGUAGUGGAUUAAGCCGCCACCUGCAAAGCCAGAAUCCCAUACAGGUGCCAGUUUGAGUCCUGGCUUUUCCACUUCCUAUCCAGCUCCCUGCUAACACACUUGGGAAAGCAGUGGAAGAUGACCUUGGGACCCUCCACUCACAACAGUGAACCAGCGGAUAGAAGACCUCUCUUUCUCUCCUCCUCUCUAACUUUGCCUUUCAAAUCACUAAAUAAAUUUUAAAAACUAUUCUGGCAAGGCCCAGUGUUUUUUAUCUUCUUGUUUAAGUGGCAACCUCUGUUUAGCUCUCGACUUAAUCAAGUUGAUUAAUUAGAACUAUGAACCAAACCCUGUUUUAUAAACACUGGGGGAAAAGUGCUACCCAUGGCCAAGGCAGGACUAAAUUUAUUCCUGCAUGUAUUGCUGAAAUAUGUGCAUUUUGCCCUCUAACUGCAAUUCCUGUUUUCCUGAAAACACAUCUGCAAACAUCAAGAACAUUGAAGGACUUUUACACAUUUAAGCAGAAGUUAAAUGAAAGCAUUCUCAUUCUAACAACCCAUUCUUCACUUGAUUUUCCAGACUUGGACUUCCUUUUCAGACACACACUGCUGCUAUACACUCUGGAAACCUGGGGCCAGGGAGCAGCCACAGGGGAGAAGCAGCUUGGCAAGUAAAGGGAAGUGAAGAUGACAUAGACUCCCAGGGGCCGAGGGAAGGACAGGGAAGUCCAGAUCAGAGGAGCCAGGGCCCAGAGCGUCUGUCUGCAGACGCUGAAGGACAACCUUCAAGCAAGAGCACUGUGAGCCCGAGGCUAGCAGCACCAGCAGCGCCAGCCUCCACGCGUCCCCAGCCAGCAUUCACCCUGGAUGACAGGAGCAAGCCCGACUAGAAGGACCUUGACCCGGGCGAGGAACACUCAGAACAACUAUCAGAGGGUAGACAACCCCAGGAACAGAUGGUUUCCUGUUUGAGAUGGGGAGAAGGGAGGAUUCGAAAAGUUCAUGGCAUGGAAAAUUCCUUUACUUCCAUUUGUCCACGAUCUUUCUGAAAUCUUUUCACAUUUUCUUUAUAUAUGACCCUGCUCCAGUGGGCUAAGGGUAUAAUUGGAGUUUUAAAAUUCAUGAUAUUCCUUUAGCCAACUGCAGAUGGAAGCUGUAGCAAUGACCUUUGAUAUCAGACACUGAGGGACAAAUGAGACGAAGUUUGUUCAUGAGCAUUAGCAGGUCUGAUGGUUUAUUUUGUGUGUCAGCUUGACCAGGAUAAAGGAUGCCCAGAUGACUGGUAAAAUAUUGUUUCUGGGUCUACCUAUAAGAGUGUUUCUGGAAGAGAUUAGCAUUUGAAACAAUUGACUGAGUAGAGAUCACCCUCACCAUGGCAGUGGGUG